AUAUUCCAGAGGCUACAAUAUGGAGACCAGCGAAAUCGCCACAUAUUUGUGACGACCACCUUGAACUUGUCUGCUUUGUACAUAUCGACCACUGUCUAUAGCUUCAUUCUCCUCUCUCCAUGAACAGUGAUCAUGCCGCUGCUUCCCGCGUUCCGCUCUUUCCGUCCCAAGACGAACUGGAUGCCUUCUUUCUGCGUAGGACCUAAUCAGAAACCCACUAGGCAACUUCCUCACUUUAGAGAUCUAGAAUCUGAUAUAAUACCAAGUAUACCGGACAGCGAAGAUACUGACGAUGGGAUGACCCACUUCCUUCUGGAGGCGCGCAGAAACAGCACUGAGCAUCAAGCCUCCUCCGAUAAGCAAGUGUCGGACGCCGUCAGUACGCUAUCCCAUAGUAGGGCUUCCAUUGCCUCGUCCACGAUUGCGAAACCGUCGUCCUCGAAAGAUGGUCAAUCAAUAGAUCGCAACCCCUUCCCCACCAUGCCGAACGCAGAAUGGAAACCAAUUGCAAGAGGCAACAGUGCAUUUGCCACGUCUAUCGACCUCACGGGAAUGUCAUACCCUCAUGCAGGCAACCUUGAUGUGAGUCGGGUAUCAAGUCUCACACCGGCGGUGUCACGGAGCAAGUUUGAUCAACAUUCACGCGUCUCUUUCCGCUCGAUGACCACUUCUGCCCGCUCCGAUGCCACUACCACAAGCACAAGCAAAACAGCUGUCUCUGAUCACGGAAGCAGUACAACAGAUAGAUCGAAGGCAAGACGACGCGCCACUGUGCCAAAGAAAAACGAGAACUUCGAAUUGCCGUUAAAGGAGUAUGCGGUCUGGAUACAAGAUCACUAUGAUCCAUUGGUGCACGGGCAGCCGUUUCCCUGUCAGGCCCUACAAAACGAGACGGUAUUCCUUGCUGUGUCAGAUGUUGGUAAGCACAGCGUUGAGAGAGAACGUCUUAUAGUGGUCCGUCGGUUGGGCGGCAAUGUUACUGACAAAUACGGGCCUGACGUCACCAUGAUUGCCACAACGAAGUCGGCAGUUGAUAACAGAUCUGCCGCCAAAGCUGUGGGACUCAGUCGGCUGACCAAUGUACCUGCGGACGUCAAGAUCGUCCUGUGGGAUUAUAUGGUAGACUGUCAACAGGCGGACGGACCAGAAAUACCGCGAUCUACGAUGCAUCCUAUACUUCACCAAGAUCGAAAGCCUAUUGAAAAGAAGGCAAAGCCUUCCAAAUCACAGCCAACAUCCUCCGAGCCGAACAGAAACUUGACCUGUGCCAGAUCGAGGGACAAUGCAAGCAGCGACUUGGAGGAAACUCCGAAAAAGCACGACGUCAAGCAACUGAAGCUCAGCAAACUGCAUAAAGGACAGUUAACCCUCCUUCCGUCCGACGAAGACGAGUCCGAACCGAUUGAGUCUCUUUCGCAGCCAGUCAAGGAUCCAUUAGAGGAUUUAUACGACGAAGCCGCCGCUCAGCUUGUACAGGAGGGAGAUUCUCUGGACAUCUCUGACCAGAGUAUGGAUGAGUCACCUGUCGCAGGGACCUCUCAGCUGGACCUCGACAAGGCUCCUGCAAAAGGGUUUGCCUGCCUCGAGAAAC